AUGUGCCCAAGGGCCCUUAGACGGGGUGGUGUUACUGAGGCCGGCAAGAAUGUGUUGGUCAUUGGUGCCAGUGGUGGGACCGGCUCGAGUGGUGUACAGAUUGCCAAGGCACUCGGUGCUAAGGUUUACGCUGUCUGUAGUGGUAAGAAUGUUGACUUUGUGAAGUCCCUGGGAGCUGAUGUCGUUAUGGACUACACCAAGGAAGGCUUUGAACUCCCCAAUGAUGACUGUCCUGCGGGCACCAUCGAUGUUGUCUAUGAUACCGUCACGAGCCCGGAGGAUGUUAACUAUGAGCCGACCGCUCGGAAGACUCUCAAGAAGGGCAGUAUGUAUAUGGCUAUCAACUCCCCCAGCCGUAUUGAUUGGUUGAGGUUCAUCCUGUCGAAAAGUCUUCCCUUCAAUGUUCAGAGGUCGGGCUAUUCCAUGUGCCUUUCGGACUUCAACACUAAGGAUUUGGAUUACCUUGCUAAAUUGGUCGCUGAGAAAAAGCUCGUGAUUCAGUUCGCAGAGGUGCUGGACUUCAGCGAGGAGAACUGCAAGAAGGCCUAUGAGUUACAGAAGAGUCGAAGAGCUAAGGGGAAGAUCAUCCUCGAGAUGGAACAUUGA